AUGAACAUGCAAUGUAAUAAUAUCAAUCCAGCGUGCGAAAUUUCGAGCCUAAAGGACUUUUUACGAAACAUAUGCCUGGAAAAAGAGGAUAAAAUUGUACAAAAUCUGGAACUCAGAAAUGUAAGAACUGUGUACGAUUUUUUACGCCAUGUUUCGUACCUUACGGUCACGAGUUGCACUGGUAUGAGGAAUGAGGAAAAUGUGGACAUAAGUAGCCAAUCGAAUGUGAAAUUUGCAAAUGCACAUGAAAAUAUUUUGCAGAAUGGGGUCAGCGUAAAUGGCAAAUUGGCGCAGCAUAAUGGGGAUGGGGUCAACCUGGGAGAGGCGGAGCUGUGUAAUGGUCACGCCCCUGCGAGUAGGGAAAAAGGCGACAGAUGUAAUGGGGUGCAGAGGAAUGGGCAGCAAGUGGGGGGCGCACAGGGAGAGGGGGUGCUCUCCAACGGAAUGGACUGCAACGGAGUGGACAGCAGCGGAAUGGACUGCAACGGAAUGGACAACCCAACCACCCACAGCGAAGCGACCUAUGCGUGCAAAGAAAUCGCGGCCAUGCAGGAUUACUACGAGCAGGCGAAAGAGAAGCGAAACGGCGCAGAAAAAAAGGGGGAGUACGUCUACUUUGACAUGUACAUAAAGUCAGAAGUGAUUAAAACCUUGCCCACGACGGACAGGGAUAAGGAAAGGUUGAUAAAUUAUAUCUACAAAGUGAUGGACUUAAAUGACCUCCUGAUGAUGUGCAUUCAUGUCGGUCUCCCCCAUUUGUGGCCCAAAUUUGAACAGAGCAACAUUCGAAAUGUAGAUUUGUUCAAACGCAUAAUCAUAGAGGGGAGGAACUUCGAAAGGGUAAAGAACGAAAUGGGAAUCUCUUUCUCCGAAUUUGUACAAAUCCUCAACUUUGCCUUAAGUGUAAAAAAGAAAAGAAUUUUCUGCAACAACAUUUUUAGCCAAUUCGAUCCAUGUGAUUGUAAAAAUAAAAAAAAACACACAAAAACGAUAUGCGACAAAAUACAUCAGUUUAUCGAGUUUGACAAUUGGACAUUUAAAAACAUCAUUGAUAAUCCUUUCUUCCAAAGAUUACGAAAUUUAUCUCAAUUAGGUGUUUGCCAGUUUGUCUACCCCGGAGCUACGCACACGAGAUUUGAGCACAGCUUAGGAGUUGGCCAUUUGUCUGCAAAAUAUUUUGCUCAUUUGUGCAAUCGCUAUAAUUUAUCUCCAUACAGUGGGGAAUUAAAUAAAAUGCUUCGGUGUGUGCAGAUUGCUGGUCUGUGUCACGAUUUGGGACAUGGCCCAUUCAGUCAUACCUUCGAAAGCUUCUUUAUGAAUUAUAAAAAAGAAGACACAGAUUAUAAAUGGAAUCAUGCAUCUAUGUCUCUGAAAAUUGUCGAACACAUUAUAGAAAAUUUGAUAGACCAGGAUGAUGUGCUAGACUCCACAGAUAUCAAAAUUAUAAAAAAGUUAAUAAAGGGGAGGGAACACCACAAAUCGCUUUGCGGGGUAGAUCCAGUAGAUUCUUUGAUAGAAGCUUCGUACGACAUUAUAUGUAAUAAUAGGAAUGGAUUAGAUGCUGACAAAUUUGAUUAUCUACAGAGAGAUGCAACUAUUGCCCCCCCAAAUGGGACACUUCCAUCCCUCAAUUGUAAUCGAAUCAUUAGUCAAAGUUCCGUUAUUAAUGGACAUAUAACAUACAACGUUAAGGAGAUCCAUCCUGUGUAUACUCAUAGAAAGGUCCGAGUUAUGGAGCUGAUGCUGUGUGAUGGCUUUCGACUAGCUGAUGAUAUUUUCAAGUGGUCGGAAUCUUUACACGACUUGGAUGCUUUUCUUGACCUAACUGAUUCGUCCAUAAUUUACGAUAUCAAGAAAAGAGCGAACAAACACAAGUACGAUGAAAAAGUGCAGAAAUCGCUAAACCUAAUUAACUCCGUUAUACAUGAUAGGAAUUCUAACCAUGCCUACAAAUACAUUUCAGAAAUUAACCUUUCAGAACCGCAACUCAUUAAGUACUUGAAGGAUAUAGCAAAUGAGGAGAGGAUAGCUAGAUAUGCCCAUGGACUUAGUCCGGAUGAUAUCAUCAUAGACUGGAACUAUUUGAACUACGGAAUGGGUGCAAACGACCCACUGGAUUCGGUUUAUUUCUACAGCUCAGAUAAUGAGGAUGAGGCUUUCAUAGCGCACAAGGAAUAUAGGGGCACGCACCCGAGGUACUUCGAAGAGUGCAACGUGAGGUUAUACUGUAAAAAUAAAAUGGUGGCUCAUUUGGCGAAGGAUGCGCAUAACAAGUUUUUGUCGGAUGUCUUCUCGGAAUCCUCGCCCCUUUACAAGAAGAAAAUAGUCAAAUGA